GCCGCCGGGACCGUUGAGCGCCGCGCUCCCGCCGCUCCGCGUUCGCCGCACGCUCUCGCCCGGCCGCUGCGAGCCGCCCGCCGCCAACGCCAGCUCCCUGUGGGCCCCGCUCGCGCCGGACGGACGCCAUGUCGCGCUACGGGCGCUACGGAGGAGAAACGAAGGUGUACGUGGGCAACCUGGGCACCGGGGCCGGCAAAGGCGAGCUGGAACGGGCCUUCAGCUACUACGGGCCCCUGCGCACCGUGUGGAUCGCCCGGAACCCUCCCGGCUUCGCCUUCGUGGAAUUCGAGGACCCCCGUGAUGCCGAGGACGCUGUCCGAGGCCUGGAUGGGAAGGUCAUUUGUGGCUCCCGAGUGAGAGUUGAGCUGUCCACCGGCAUGCCUCGCAGGUCCCGUUUCGAUAGGCCACCCGCCCGCCGUCCCUUUGAUCCCAACGACAGAUGCUAUGAGUGUGGCGAAAAGGGGCAUUAUGCCUACGAUUGUCACCGCUACAGCCGCCGGAGAAGGAGCAGGUCACGCUCUCGAUCCCAUUCGCGGUCCCGAGGUCGGCGGUACUCUCGCUCACGCAGUCGGAGCAGGGGCCGGAGGUCGAGGUCGGCAUCUCCCCGGCGAUCAAGGUCUGUGUCUCUACGUCGAUCGAGAUCUGCUUCGCUCAGACGUUCUAGGUCUGGUUCUAUAAAAGGAUCGAGGUAUUUCCAAUCACGCUCGCGAUCAAGAUCAAGAUCCAGGUCGAUUUCACGGCCAAGAAGCAGCCGGUCCAAGUCCAGAUCUCCAUCUCCAAAAAGAAGUCGCUCCCCAUCAGGAAGUCCUAGAAGAAGUGCAAGUCCGGAAAGAGUGGACUGAAAUGCCGCCUUUUGGGGGAAAGUUCUUUUGUUUACAUUAUUCUAAGGGAUUUGUGAUGUCCGCAAUAACCUGGGAAGGUUUCGAACCAACGGUCUAAUCAAAAUGGAUCUAUUACUCUGUAAAUUCACAGCAGUCAGAUUAUACUUUUUUGUUGUUGUUGAAUGUAUUGACUAACAUCCUACAGUCUGAAAAUGGGUUUUUAUUUGGCACAUUUAAAUAAAAUGUUUCUAACUAGA